CUUUUUCUACCCCCGGACCAUAAAUUGAAGGGAUCAGUGUUACACUUUCCCUACAGGAUUAAACAGAUCUUCCUCUGCGCUUGAAUGGAGGCAGGGAACCCAGCGUUGCCCGGCCCUGAAGGCCCGGGGAGCCCUUUUGAUCACGUCAAUCUCCCCUUGGUGCAAUACUUGUGAUUGGCCAAGAGGCUAAGAAGAGGGAAAAUCUUUAAUUAAGCAGAUAAUCUCUUGUUGGGACGAGAGCGGCUCCAUUUCAGAGCCCCCCUCCUUGAAUGGUGAAGAAGGAAUCCUGGAGGAAGCUCUUGGUGCAGCUCAGUUCCACUUUUCCUCUCCAUCUUCAUCCAGACUGUCUGCAGGAUCUGGACGGUCUCACUGCAGAGCCACCGUCAGCCACACCUCACCUGUCAGGAUGUUCAUGCAUUUGGAGGUUUUCUAUUACGUUUUCAUUCUUCUGGCACACAUGAGAUCCUGCUGCUCCUGGUCAGUGAAUAAUUUCCUGAUGACUGGACCCAAGGCCUACCUGAUCUACUCCAGCAGCGUGGCAGCAGGAGCUCAGAGCGGCAUUGAGGAGUGUAAAUACCAGUUUUCAUGGGACCGGUGGAACUGCCCGGAGAGAGCUCUGCAGCUGUCCACGCACAGCAGCCUGCACAGCGCCAAUCGGGAGACAGCGUUCGUCCACGCCAUCAGCUCGGCCGGGGUCAUGUACACUCUGACCAGGAACUGCAGUCUUGGGGACUUUGACAACUGCGGCUGUGAUGACAGCAGGAACGGACAACGAGGUGGCCACGGUUGGCUGUGGGGCGGCUGCAGUGACAACGUCGGCUUCGGAGAAGCCAUUUCCAAACAGUUUGUGGACGCGCUGGAGACCGGGCAGGAUGCACGCGCUGCCAUGAAUCUCCACAAUAACGAGGCCGGACGCAAGGCUGUGAAGGGAACCAUGCAGAGGACGUGUAAGUGUCACGGUGUGUCAGGAAGCUGCACCACUCAGACCUGCUGGCUGCAGCUGCCAGAGUUCAGGGAGGUGGGGAACUACUUGAAGGAGAAGUACCACAGGGCCCUGAAGGUGGAUCUCCUCCGAGGAGCGGGGAACAGCGCGGCCAGUCGAGGAGCCAUUGCCGAGACAUUCAGCUCCAUCUCUCGCAAGGAGCUGGUCCACCUGGAAGACUCCCCUGACUACUGCCUGGAAAACCGUACUCUGGGCUUCCCGGGCACUGAGGGCCGCGAGUGUGUCAAGAAAGGCAAGAACCUGAGCAAGUGGGAGAAGCGGAGCUGCAAGAGGCUGUGUGGAGAGUGCGGCCUCGCUGUGGAGGAGCGCAAAGCCGAGAUGCUGUCGAGCUGCAACUGUAAAUUCCACUGGUGCUGCGCGGUGAAGUGUGAGCAGUGCAGGAAGACAGUGACCAAGUACUUUUGUGUGAAGAAAGGAGGUAAGAGGGGAAGGAACGAGAGCGCGGGCAGCCGCCGGAAGAACCUCAGACUGAGGAAGAAGCACUGAGCGUCUUCAUCGCCUCCUCCCUGCUGUGCCACUGCAGCUCCUCACCGCCCAGACUCUGUGCACGACCACAUAGUGUGUUUUAGAAGGAAUGUUAUUUCUGCCGACCACUUUCAUUUGCCAGUUUUUCUUUAAGCAUUUUAACGCACAAAGGGCCACAUAAGGAUCAGAUGAGUCUAUUUAAGAUAUAUUUUGUGUACAACAUUUAGUUUUGUCACAUUUGAAAGCAAUUUCUUCUCUAAAAUUCUCCACAAAACGGUUAAUUUAUUUCCAUACAAAAAAAACCAACAGCUUUUUGAGUGCUUGAUGAUCUGACAUUGGAAGAGUAAAAAAAAAACCAUCCCAGUCACACACUGUC